AUGUUCGAUGCCGUUAGAGACGCCGAGAAGCUUGUUUAUAAGCCAUCCGCUGAUUAUAAUCUCCCGCCAUUAUCUCAGCAUGACUACGAUGUAUACUCAAACCCCUUGAAUCCUCUUCGAUCAACUUACCGUCCUUCAAAAAGGCCAGUCCCAAAUCCUACAAAUUUAAACUCAAAUAACAAAAAAUUCAAAGCAAAUCAAUAUCAAGUUACUCAGUAUUACAAUGACAGACCCGAUUAUGGUAAAGAUCUCAGAAAAAUGUCACCAAUUUUCAAUCUAAAGAACUUUAAUAAUUGGAUAAAGGCAGUUUUAAUAGCUUCAUUUGCUAGAUUUGAACAUCCUCCUCUUGCUAGAGUUUUAGAUAUUGGCUGCGGUAAGGGCGGUGAUCUAAACAAGUGGACAAAGAGCAACAUUAUCGAUUACGUCGGUUUAGACAUCGCUCAAGUUUCUAUAAACCAAGCACAAGCUAGAUAUAACGAUAUGCGUAAAAAAUCCUUUAAUACUCACUUUAACACUCUCGAUUGUUUCAAAGAACCUCUAGAUAAAGCUAUACCGAAAGAUUCUUUAGAUAAGCAAUUUAACGCUGUCAGCUGUCAAUUCGCUAUGCACUAUGCUUUCGAUUCUGAAGAAAGCGUACGAUGCCUACUUGAAAACGUCACUAAACAUUUAAAACCAGGCGGUUCUUUCAUUGGUACUAUCAUUGACGCAAGUGUUUUGAUUGAAGCUCUUGGUAAUAUUGAUAGUGAUGACAAUAUGGAAUUUGGUAAUUCACUAUUCAGAAUUAAGUUCGAUCAACGUCCCGAUGAAAACAAUUUCUAUGGUCAAAAAUACAAUUUUCACUUAGAGGACGCUGUUGACGCACCUGAAUACUUGAUUCAAUGGGAUAUAUUUACAGAACUAGCGAGAAGCUACGGUCUUGAAUUACUGGCAUACAAGCCAUUCCAAGAAAUAUUUUAUGAACAAAUACACGUCACUGAAUUUCAACGACUAGCAUCUCAUCUUAAAAUUAUCGAUGAUUACGGUACUCCUAUUUUAAGUGAUGAUGAAUGGGGUACUGAUGUUCACUUUCAGUCGCCAGGCACUUUGACUGGUAUUUGCAACGACGUUGUCAACUUUCAAUUUCAGCAAGCUGCUUAUCUAGUUGAAUACUACAGGACACGUACUAUAAAGCAAAGAGACUUGAUUGAGAGGGCAACAAAAGAACUGUUAACGUUGAGCAGUCUCAAAAAACAAAAUGCAACACUAAAGCAGCAAAUAAAGUUAAUAAAAGGUGAAACGAGUAACGAAAGCAACUGCAAUGCUUUAAAAAGUUCGUCAACCAUAAUUGGUAAUACAAGUGUCCAGAAAGACGUGCCGAAAUUACGACCAGGUUUUGUCAAUCCAGCAAAUAUCAACCCUCAAGACAACAUAAUCAAUAAAGGUGCUUUGUUAAACAUCACGGACUUUGGUAAGGGGAAACACGCAACUCAGAAAUCUACAAAUUCGUUAUCAAGGACGGCUUCCUUUACAAUCCCACAUGUGAACAAAAUGAUCAGACCUUUACCACUCACCGACUAUGAUACCAAUAAAGUCAACAAUGAGCCUAAAUCUUACAAGAAAAUCCAUCCAACAUUCAUGCCUCCGAUCGAUUCAAACAAGAAUAUCAUUAGUUUAGAUGAUGAUAUUACUGAAACCAGUCGUAACGCCAAUAUAAUUAAUCCAGUCAAGUCAUCCAGAUUCAGUAUUGCUUCCUCCAAUCAGUUGAAACGGAUUAACUGGACGCCUGACAAUGUUGAUGAGACUUGGGACGACUACUUUGAACCUCAGCAUGAGAAAGCUGGUUUGGGUGUAGUAUCGGCAAUAGGUCUGUUAUCAGCAAUGUCCACUUUCGGAUUAUUAUCUUAUAUUAUAUGGCACGCCAGACUUAAUUAUGAUGCAAGACAUCCACACCCCAUUGUUGCUGUAUCCGGAUCGUUACCUUCCUUUAUCAACAGCGCACCUGGUAUAUACCUGGUUAGUCUAUUCAUUAGCCACUUUAUCUAUGGCGUUGGCUUCACCAUCGGUUUCCGCUGGACUGUCACGCAAUACAUAUCAGUAGGUCCGCUAUGCGAUGCCCAAGGAUCUUUAUUGCAAAUAGGCGAUUUGGGCUAUGCUUUCUGGUCUGGUGCCAUUGCAUAUCACACAUUUAGUUUGCUUUACUUUAGACAUUCACCCCCAAAUUGGGUGAAUAAAGCUAUAAUGGGCAUAUGCUGGACUUUGCAGAUUGUCUUGCCCAUAAUUGGUCCUACUGCGGUGGCUUAUCCUAAUAGACUAUAUGAUUAUUCAGGUGGAACUUGGUGCUGGAUCAGUGGAAGGUAUGAUGUAUUGCAGCUAUUGUUUUACUUCAUCCCUUCCUGGUGCUCAGUAUUCAUGUCUACAAUAAUGUAUAUAACGGUGUAUAUACACACGUCAAGAUUCUUCAGCAAUCAAUCAUUCUCGUCAUCUCUUCAUUCGAGCGCAAACACUAUUAGCGAUGACGAUGAAGCUGCUUUUUACAUCGGUACAAAAGUCAAGAAAAAAGCUAGAUCAUUGUUGAUCUAUCCACUUGUUUAUGGUAUAUUACUUACACCGGUAUCGAUUGUGAAAAUGGGUUCAAUGGCUGGUUGGAGGUCACCGUUCUGGUUGGCAUGUCUGUCAGGUGUAUUUAUAUCAAGCUCUGGAUGGAUGGAUGUUUUAUUGUUUCUAUAUACAAGAAGAGCAUUCUUACAAGAAGCUAGAAGAACUGCAAGGAUCAGAACAAAAUCUAGGUCAAAAUCUAAGUCAAGGAACUUUAACGAAGAAAAUAUUAGACUUCAGAAUAUGACCAUGGGCAGUGCGCCAAACAACCUUGAAGAAUCAUUAGGUCUCGGAGGUGUGCAAGCAAAAAUGGAGUUAGACAGAUUAAACUUGAAUCUCCUAAACGAACAAAAGGAACAGAAAGUAUUUUGA